AUGGAGGAGCAUCCCGAACACUGGAGACACACCCUCAUGGGAUGGGAUUUCUGGCAGGAUGCAAAGCAGUACGAGGGCAAAAUCAGCCAAGAGCUGGACAUUGCACUGGAUCUCGAUUUACCCAAACGCUUCCCAUUCAAUCUAGUCCCCGAGGAGACUCCCACAAAGAGACAGCGUCGUCUAAGUAUGUCUGAUGCAGGCAAAACUGGCCUCCGGCGUCACUCGUCCCUGUCGAUGGGGACGUCUCGAUUAAAGGCCAACGAGCGCCGUACACGAUCUCCCUCCCCUCGCAAGUUGAUGCCAUCAUCUAUGAACCCGUUUACAUCUCGUGGCUCGGCUCCCGUGACGCCUUCUGCGCUCCGACUUGGACGGUUAUCGCCAUUUAAACAACCGGACCUGCCUCCAGGUAUCGUCGUUAAGACGCGUGAAGUGUCCCCUUCACCCGCUCCUCCGAUUUCUCGCCAUCCUACACCACCCGUCGACGACUUUGCAACUGCAGAGAAGCCGUUCAUUGGCUUUUGUGGUGGUUUAACCUGGUCUGAUCUCCCCCGGGCGAAGAAGAGCCUAGGCUUGGACCUGUUCUGGCCCUCCACCGAGGAAAUAAACGAGAUCGGCCGCCUGAAUAUCAUUGAGCUGGAGCCACUGUGCCAGUUUCGUUUGUUACGCUCGCUGAAAAUCACCGGCAUGUUGCAGUCUUAUCAAGCAUUCAUCUGGCAGGCUGCUUGGUUGAAUCUUGGCCUCGAAGACUUGUCCCUGGAAAUGGCGCUAGAGCCGGAGAUUGACAGCACCAUACACCGAGUACAGUGGAAAGCCAUCAAAGACGGAUGGAUGGGAGAUGGACAAGAAACACUCUGCCGAGCCGCUUCUUCAAGUGGAAGCCUCGGCGACGGGGCGUUAAACCCCGACAUUGGCUGUGGUGAAUACUUGGACAAGCACGGUAUCGAAAAGGCCAAGAUCCUGGCUAUGACUAGGGGCCGGACAUCUCAGCGCAUCAGUGUCAAGCACUUGACUCUGUCAGGCUUUGUUGUGGACGCAGACCCCUUCGUGCAUUGGUUCGAUCCAGAACGACUGCAAAGCAUCAAAUUCAAGGGCCAGUGUCUCGACGCCGGAUUCUGGCUGCCACAGUCUAUGAAGAAUGUUAUCGUGCGGUACCCGAGGAAGAUUGAGUUGGAGCCCGUUGCCGUCGGGAUGGUCUCUGGCGAUCCGCAGAUGGAGUUGAAAAUGGUGGACAUUCAGGGCGGGUUGGAUGUGGACCAGAGCUCAUUCCCCGCCUCUGACGAUGAAACCCGGGCCCUUUUGCAUCUUAUCAGCUGA